UUCCAAGCCGUUGACCGGGAGACGGAUGCGACGCUUGUGUUGCUCGCUGGACCCUCUCACUCGACAAAGCUGCAUGCGCUCACGUCGCGCUCUAUCCGGCGCGACCCUGCGCUGGCCAACUCGCCCAAGCUAUCCGCGAUCAAGAGCUCAUUCAACUCGCUGGCUACGCAGCGGCGCACCACGCGGGCACACCGCGUCUCGCUGGUGCAGCGCCUGCAGCUGUCCUCGGCGUCGUCCGCGGCAGGGUCCCCGGGAGGCGAGGCGCGCGAGGAGGACCUGCGGCGCGCGCUGGAAGCGGCGCUGGGGAGUCUCGGGGAGAUGGGCAAGAUCUACGAGCAGCGCGAGGUGCGGUGGCGCGACGAGAUGCGGCAGCUGACGGAGGAUCGGGAUCGCGUCGAGAUGCUGUUGCGGCAGACGCUGGGACCGGUGCUGCAUGAGAACGGGCAUGGCAGGUCAUGA